AUGGGACCCAUGAUGAUGGCCACUGCAUCCGAACCUGAACAACCGCCACAACAAAACGGACAUAACGAAUCACGCGAUUCACGAACAACGCUCGAAUUAACUAUAGACAAUCUCCUUACCAAAAUAUGGGAGAUAAUGGUGCAAUUAAAUGAUUAUAAUCCAGAAAAUAAAUGGGCAUUAUCUAAAAACUUGUCUGAAUUGGCUGAUCAAUUUGAUAAAAUACACAAGCUUCAAGAGAAAAUUAAACAUAUUGAGGUGCCAUUAGAAGUGAUAGAAUAUAUCGACGAAGGACGUAAUCCUGAUAAGUUUAUGGUAGAUUAUGUAGAUGAAGUGAUUAAGGAAAAUGAAUCAGUGAAUAUAAAAAACGAAGCAAUACAAAAUUUUUCAGAGUUACUUCUUGAACAGCUCCAGGAAUCAUUUCCAGAACAAACAGACUGUUAUAAACAAUAUCAAUCAAGCAAAUCUAAAAAAACAAAUGGACAUUAA